CGCCUUCGUAAACCUCUUGGCUAAGCCAAGCGGGGGCGGGGUGCAGGCGGGAAUCGUGGUCACGUGGUCCAGCCGUGUCAUAUGAUCCGUCAAGAUGGCGGCGCGGGUUCUUCCCGGUCGGGUGCUGUAGAGCGGGGGAAAGGGCGGAUGUGGAGGUGAUGCCAAGAUGACCACUACAAGGCACAAAACUGUAGUUCAGGGAGAAGCAUCAGAAACCGAUUCGGAGGAAGAGGUUUAUCUGUCCUCUAUGCCCCAGACCUCAUUCCCCAGCCUUUCUGGUGUGAAGGUCCCCGGGGAGGCCUCAGAAACAGACGAGGAGGAAGGUACAAGCCCCAGCAUGCCAAAAGCGAAACCUAAGCUCAUAAGCCCGGACUUGCCUCCACUGAUAGUUUUCAGGAAUGAGGAGCUGGGCUCUCCCACAGCAGUAGAAGAGAAGCCCGCACUUCGUAUCAGACACCGGGGCCGCUAUAGCACUCUGCUGCAGCAGAAGCUGAUUGAGAGUAAUGCCCGCUUGUACUAUGACGUCGGCAGUACCAUCAAACAGGUGUAUCAGACCGCCAUCAAAGAGAUUGGGGCUAUCACUGGGCAGCUCAGUAACUCCCAAAAUGGCAUCAUCAGUGCCUCGCACAGUAUCCGACUGGUCCUGGAGGACUUAAGAGCUGUUGCUGACAAGAUAGACAUCAUCACCAGCUGCAAUCUGCUGCCCGAUAUCCAGGUACCGCUGCCCCCAGCACACACCUAGCAGGUCCUGGAACCACAGCAAGAUGAGCAACUCGUGCUUGAUCAACAGUGGGAUGGUCAACAGUCAGUAGCACAAGGUGCUGGAGUGCUGAUGAGACCCUGGCCAUCAGAUGCAGUCAGAAACUGAAGCAGAACUGAUGCUCUUAAGCAACAACCAGGCAGCAAAUGACUCAGGAGCUUUUCCUGCAUUGGGUUUAAUUCACAGCACUUUGAUACCCUGUCAUGUUCUGCCCUAACUCCUUCCAGUAAGGCAGAAUUGCACAAAAUUAAACUGUCCUUGAUAUA